UUCACAGUAGGGUUUAAAAACAGUGCGUUUGCUACGGUACGGGCCAGCAGUGCCAGCACCCUCUCCAACAAGAGCGGCAGUGGAGAGGGUGCUGGCAGAGCCCACCCCUCACGUGCGCCGUUGCCUGGCUGCAGGGAGGCCGACCCGGAGAGCGGGUGGUGGCGCGCAGAGGAGUGGCGGGCGGACGCGCGCUACGCGGCGAUGGUGGCGCGCGCGGCGGCCGAGAGCCAGCGCCGCCUCGUGCACCAGCUGGGCGUCGACCUGGUGGCCUCCGCCAACGACAACGCCUUCCUCAGCGACGCCCCGCACCACUUCACCCAGCGCACGCUGCUCGCCAGGUUCCAGAUGAACAGCUCGCACCCUGCGCACACGCAGUGGGUGGGCAAGCCCGUGUACGCGGCGCUGGCGCUCAUGGGGCUGCUGGGCGAGCGGGAGCUGGCGGCGCGCGUGCGUGGCUUCGGGGGCCGCGCGCCGCGACGCCACCUCGCCGUGCUGGCGGCGGCUGGCGGCGGCGACAGUGGCGGAGUGGGCGAGGGCGACGCGCGCCACGCCGCGGUGCUGCUGGCGUGGGGCGGCGGCGCAGACCCCGCCCCCGCCGACUGGGCCAACGUCACCGUCGCCCUCAAAGGGCUCUCUGAAGGCGCCGCGGUGGCCGUGUGGCAGGUGGACGAGCGCACGGACCCCUGGCGCGUGUGGCGAGCGGCUGGAGCGCCGGGGCAGCCGGACGGCGCGCUGCGGGCGGCCAUGCGCGCGGCGGCGGCGCCGCGCCUCGACGCCAUUGUCAGUGGUGCCAGAGUUCAGCGCAUUUAGCACAUGUUUUAAAACAUAAAGGCGAGGCUAUCGCAGUAAACAAUUAAGAUUGAGAUUGAGCUGGGGUCCACGUUUGGAUGGCGGGUCGCUUACAGAAUGUAAUUCACGUCGCUGCCAAGGAUUUCCGGUAAUGCAACCGGUAAUGUAAUCAAAUAAUAUUCAACAAUCGGAAAAUGCGAAAAUGUGUUUUGCUCCGUAUGCGAUCAGCGAUUAGUGAGGUUCUGUUAGCAAUUUAAACAAUGUGAUCUAACGCGUGAGAAUUUUGCAUUUUUCUGAGAAUCCUUGUAACGUGUUUGCCUGGACUGCGCCGUUAGCUACUCUGCAAACUAAUUUGAAUUGUCAUAUUCUUUGGGUUGACUCUCUGCAAUCAGGUUCGCAGGUUUUUGGAUAAAAUGUAGACCAUCUUGGUUGCGCGAUGUUUAAAAUGCACGCUCAUAGCCCGAAUUUAUACCAAGGAGAGAUUCUAAUUGUUUAUUGAGGUUAGGCGCCAAAUGUAAAUGAAUUUCGGCGCAAAUUUGGUAACAAGACUGAUGUAGAAUUAACGUUACAAACUUCUCAGGUAUGUUGGGGGUCGAAUAUGAUCACUUUUUGCCAUCUUUUGACAGCAGAACUGUUCUAAAUGUCUGCCUUCACAUUAGGCAUUCACUCGGAAGUGCCACAGAUCUCUCCUAUAACCAUUUUGUCUGCGGUGACUGCCGAACGGUUCCUUUCCCACGCUCAGUGGCACUGGUCGGUGGCCGUGUGUGAAGGGGUCGGCGCUUCUCGGUGGCGCAGCCUUUGAUUUCUGCUUCUGUGUCGUAGAGCGAGGGCGGUAGCAAGAGCGCAGGGGCGGCGCGGGUGCUAGUGGCCCUGCCGCCGCCCGCAGGCGUCGCCCUGGUGCAGGCGUGCGAGCGGCCGGCGGCCCCGCCCGGCGCGCCCUCGCGCCUGCUCGCCCUCGACGUCACCGCGGGCGAGGUGCUGCUGCUGUGGAGCGACGAGCACGUGCGGAGCAGGUGCCUGCUGGAGUAUGAGGUGCAGUUCCGCGGGCGCCGGGAAGACGGCUGGCGGCGCGUGAGCCCCGCGACCCUGCGUCUCCUCAGCUUCCACUUCGCCCCUCUGUCCAGCCCCGGCCACGCCCCCCCGAGCGCCGCCCGGCAGGCCGUGCGCGGCCACUACCGCGUGCGAGCGAUCGACUUCUGGGGGCGCCCGGGCAACUUCUCGCAGCAGCUGGCUUACGGGGAAUUCAGCGAAUAAAAUCUCCGACAAGCAAAGUCUUUCAUAAAAAUGCACACAAAUAUUCGAUUGUAUCAGAGAGGAAACAAAACUAUAAAAGUAAAAAAAAAAAAGAUUAAUGAGAAAAUAAAGAUAAAGAAAACGGAGAGAGAAUGUGAGAAGGGCGUAGUGAAGCAAAUGACUUUCGAACGGACACAUUAAUCUUGGUGAUUAAUUCAUAUUUUAUUUUCAGACGAUUUUCCCAUGUUUGGUUUAAACAUUACGCAUAUAUUCCGUAUAAAAAGCUGUUAAUACUCUGAAUUCUGUUUUAUAAUUUUCGAAGCGAUUGUGGAAUAUUUUGAAUUGAGGGGAGGGGGUAGAAUAAACACUUUAUGUUAUGUUAUUGAUCUCGUUAUAAGAAAAAUGACUAUUGUGUUUGAAAAUUAGCACACAUUAUAGUAACUUUUAUUGGGUAUCGCAAACUAUACUAUCCAACUUGAGUGGCCUUCAUUUCGUGCGCUUUUGAGGGAAGAAGUGACAUUCCCCACAAACUGUCAAGAAAAGUGCUUGGGAUCUGCUGCCGGUAUAAGAAAAGUGCUGCUUAGAACGUUAUUACUAACUAUAGUGCUUUAGACAAUGCGACUAAACAAAUAAGGAUGUACCUUGUUUCUAUAUAAGUGAAUUUUUCAUAUAAUUACAGAAGAUACUUUUUAAUAUUGCCCUUUUGAUAAUUUUGUAUGAAAAAAUAAAUUAAAACAUUAAGCUUAUUUCAAUUGUAUGUUAAUCUUUUUCGACAUUCUCACAAUAUUCCUUUUUUAAGGGGAGCCAGAGGGGGCCACCCCUCAAAUAUAUCGAUUUUUGUUUUUUGUUAUUUAAAAGCAAUUUAAUUUUUGUUUUUUAAAAUGCAAUUUACAUUUUUGGCUUACACGCUCUAGAAAUUGAGAUAUCGUUAUUUGUAUAAGUGCAUGCUCUCAAUGUGGGCGUGGUUCGACAUUUUGACUUUCAGAUAUGGUGUUCGAUAUGUGUAUUCUUGAAUGUAGAGACACUGAACGGCUCAUGUGUAUGGAGGAAUUGAAACCGUAAUGUACAGAUGUUACUGUACAAAAAUUUGAAUGCAUAAGCAACAUUCAGUAGCAAAUGAGGGUACGAUUGAGAAAAUUGAAUCAAAGACUUGAUACUGCAAAACGAAGAGAUGGGAAAACUAUGGGGAAAGAGGUCGAUUCACUGAUGAAAAAAUCUAUAGGUUGCAUAAAUGUUAUGGUUAUAUCAUGAAACAAAAUUCCAUUUCUGUUGAAGACAUGAAUAGACCAGUAUGGGUUCUGUUCUUCCACCUGGCAUAUGAAAAUCUUAAGAUUUUAUGAUUAGAACCAUACCGCUCGCGCAUUUUUAUCGAAUCCAUGCGCGCAUGGUUGGAGCUCCCUCGUUACAUGUUUUUGCAACUUUUAGUGCUAACCCAUGGUUGUAUUGCUUUAAACUAAUACAGCGCUACAAAGCGGCAACAGCUGGUUACAUGAUUAUUUUGUUACUUAUGAAACUUUAACAAAUAUUUCCCGUAAGUUUCAUAAUUUCAUGUUUAAGGAACAUUUUAUCAGAAACUAUAAACAGUAGAUUACUGAAACUUUUUGACAAUAUUGCAAGUUCUAUUUUCUUCUUUUUUAUAACAAACUGUUAAAAUGUAUUGCAUGAGACAAAUGUUAUAGAAUAUAAACUUCUGUUUUUCGUAAAAAAAAGUGUCUUAUUAACACAAUGUACUGCCAAAAGUAAUAAUUAUUUAUUAACAAGAAAUAAAUUUGUUUAGAAUGACUAAUAGAAUAUGCUUGAAAAUUUUCAGAUGUAUAUGUUAAGUCGUUUCUGAGAAAACGUUCCUUAAGUUUU